AAACAUUGAUCAUUCCUUUUAUUGUCGAGUUGGAGUGCGGGCAACUACCACGAAGAGAGCAUGUGAUGCGACGAGACCGCUGAUCCCGAUCUGGAACAUGGCUUCGCUGCCGCUGGGACCUCACCAACCCCCGCCGCCGCAGCCGGCCCACGACCCCGCCGCCGGCGCCCUUCUCUCCCUCGCCCCGCCUCACCUCACGGAAAUGCCCGACAACAACAAGCAAGAAUCUGUUGUUGAAGCUAGUGAAUCAGUCACUGGUCAUAUCAUCUCCACAACUAUCGGAGGCAAGAAUGGGGAACCAAAGCAGACCAUUAGUUACAUGGCAGAGCGUGUCGUGGGGACUGGUUCUUUUGGAAUUGUAUUCCAGGCCAAAUGCUUGGAAUCAGGAGAAACAGUUGCCAUAAAGAAGGUUUUACAGGAUAAGAGAUACAAAAAUCGUGAGCUUCAAUUGAUGCGCUUCAUGGAUCAUCCAAAUGUGAUUUCGCUCAAGCACUGUUUCUUCUCCACUACAGUCAGAGAUGAGCUUUUCCUUAACCUUGUUAUGGAAUAUGUACCUGAAUCUCUAUACGGUGUCCUUAGGCAUUACAGCAGUGCCAACCAGAGGAUGCCACUUAUACAUGUUAAACUGUACACAUACCAGAUAUUCAGGGGGCUGGCUUAUAUCCAUACAGUUUCAGGAGUUUGUCACAGAGAUUUAAAGCCACAAAAUGUUCUGGUUGACCCACUUACUCACCAAGUCAAGAUAUGUGAUUUUGGAAGCGCAAAAGUCCUGGUUAAGGGCGAAGCAAACAUUUCUUAUAUUUGUUCUCGCUAUUACCGUGCUCCAGAGCUCAUUUUUGGUGCAACAGAAUAUACAUCAUCGAUUGAUGUUUGGUCAGCUGGUUGUGUUCUUGCUGAGUUACUACUUGGCCAGCCAUUAUUUCCUGGUGAAAGUGCUGUUGAUCAGCUUGUCCAGAUAAUCAAGGUUCUUGGAACCCCAACCCGUGAAGAAAUUCGGUGUAUGAAUCCUAACUACACAGAAUUUAGAUUUCCACAGAUAAAAGCUCACCCAUGGCACAAGAUUUUCCAUAAGAGAAUGCCUCCUGAAGCUAUUGAUCUCAUUUCACGCCUACUCCAAUACUCCCCAGAUUUUCGGUGCUCUGCACUUGAAGCAUGUGCCCAUCCAUUUUUCAAUGAGCUACGAGAACCCAAUAUGCGAUUGCCAAAUGGGCGUCCUCUUCCUCCUCUUUUUAACUUCAAACAAGAAUUAGCCGGAGCAUCGCCAGAACUCAUAAACAGACUGAUUCCAGAACACAUGAGGCGACAAUCUGGUCUUAAUUUCCUGCAUUCAGCCGGCACAUAAGCUUGAAGUCUCAAAACUCUUAUUCCUAGAACACAUCAAUAGUUAGCACAUAGGAGAGAAAGCUUAGGACGAGGACGAGCUUCCAGACUGUUUGGAGGAGUCUUAUCCUAGCUUUUAUUCAAGCUUUACAAACCAUGAUUUACUUGGGAUCGUCAUGCUAAUCAAACUGAUGAUUCCAAGCAGUGGAUGCAUGACUAGCGGUUAUGGGUGCAGGUUUGUUUUUCCAAUGUUGUUUGUCUGUUAUUGAACGUCGCAUUGCUGUGUUCCAUGCAGUAGCCUCUUUUUUCUUUGUUUCUACAUCAUAGCCAAUGUGCUACCUACCUCAUCCGGAGUUAUUUUGGAUCGAGCUGGAACUUGCAAAUCUAUGUAAUGUUUAAGUAAUACAUAGUUUGUACUUCUAUUGUUUUUCCUU